AUGGAGACCCCAAACAGUCUCCGAUAUCUCCAUCUCCCCCAAGAACUCACCGAAGAAAUACUUUCAAGACUUGCGGUGAAAUCUCUCCUGAGAUUCAGGUGCGUUUCAAAGUCAUGGUGCUCUCUGAUUGACAGCGAACGAUUCAUCAAAACUCACCUCCAAAAUUCAUCUAGAAACACAGCUUUUUCCCAUCACAGGCUCAUUAAUAUUCUUAAGAAUUCUAAGAAGUUGUUCGAUGAUGAGAUGAGUUCAUGGUCGGAGUCCGUUCGUAUGGUGGGGUGCUGUAAUGGGCUGGUUUGUUGCUGCAUUAAUCUCAAGAAAGGGCGUUUCUUAUUGUGGAAUCCUGCCACCAGAAUCUCCAAGGAAUUGCCACAGUUGAUAAUAGAGAAUGGAGACUUGCCAUACCCCAUAUAUGGGUUCGGUUGGGAUGAAUCGAGCGGCGCAUACAAGGUGUUUGUGAUUUUUUGUAGUGGUAGAAAGUUUAUGGGAAAGGUUUAUAGUUCAAACACAAAUUCAUGGAAAACAGUCGAGUUUUGUGAUUUCCGUUGGAUAUAUGGUAAUGCGCAGUUUGUGAGCGGAAAGCUUCAUUGGGUCAGUAAGAAUAACGAUGAGAUGAAUGUUUUUGAAAUUGUUACAUUCGAUUUGAAGAAAGAGGAGUUUGGAGUGAUGAAGCUUCCAUGUGACCAAGCAUCAGUACUGCGCUUGGGCGUGAACGAGGGUCGCCUUACCAUGAUUUGUAGAAAGAAGAUAAUGAAGCACGCCAUUGAUGUGUGGGUAAUGAAGCAGGAUUGUUGGGUGAAAGUGAUGGAUGUUGUUGUUUAUGAUCCUUGUGAAAUUCUUCCAUCCGUAGCCCCAUUUUGCGCAGUCUACGAUGCGGAGAUUCGGCUAGUUCGUGGAUCGAAUUUUAAGCUCUACGAUCAAGCACGAGAUGAUAUGCGUUUGCAGAUAAAGAAAAUUAGAGCUUCCUUGCAAGCGCAUCUCUACAUCGAAAGUUUAGUCUCUCCAGUCCCCGACAAGAACCUUUGCCGAGCGAUUUGA